AUGUCUACUCUUUUUUAUCUCUUGGGAGAGCAGCCGUCUUCUACGAUAGAGUUCGGGGUCUCUACAUCAUCAGAUUUUGAAGACUUGCAAGAUCUGGUUGCGUCCCAUUUUGCCAUCGUGGAGCCUCGCGGUGUUGGCUUUGUGUCUGAUGAUCAAUACCUUACAUCGGUAGCAGAUGUACUUGCUGCUGAAGGGCCUAUUGCAAUCUCCAUCGAUGGCGGCGCGGUGCGCGAGAUUCCUGGACCCAAAGGGCUUCCAUAUCUUGGCAAUUUUACUCAGAUAUACCCUGACCAUCUUGGUAAUCAUCAAAGGCUUUUCGAAACAUAUGGCAAGCUUUUCGCCGUCACCACGUUUGGCACUACGUGGAAUUACACAAACGAUCCCAAUCUGACCAACAUCUUCUUUACCGAAAGCGAAUUCUUCACCAAGGGUGUCAUUGAUGGCCAUCCUCUACACGCAUUCAAUUUGGGAGAUGCCGGCAUCUUCUUCGGUAGCACAGACACUGAGAGCUGGCGUGCAAACCACAAGUUCUUCCCCCCAGCACUGGGUCCCAAGGCUGUGAAGCAUUAUGCACCUAAACUCCAGGAUACAAUUGAGGACGCGUUUUCCGUCUUCGACCAACUAGACAAAGACGGCGAGGCUUGGAAUGUAUUUCCAUAUAUGCUGAAACUAACAUCUCAAGCCAUUGUCAAGCUCGUCCUGGGUAUGCAAGUUCGUCAUUUUGCAACAGCGGAUACGCCACUUGAUGAGAUAGUGUCCAUGAUCAUUGAAAUCUUAGUAUUGGCCAGGAAAGUGAAUCGCUAUGGCUCUUGGUACGGCAGUCUGCCAUUUGGGGACCCUCAAAAACUCCGCAAUGUUACUAAGAUGAUUCGCGAGCGGUUGGAAAAGAAGAUGGAAGAAAUUGAAAAUGCCAAAAUGGGGGCAAAAGAACUUGAAUUGCAAGAAGCUGCUUUAGAAGCAGACCACUUGAUUGAUUUUGCUAUUCGAGCACGAGACAGUAAAGGAAAUAGGUUGAGUAAAGAUCACGCCUCUCUAGGUGUAACCGUCAUCGCUGGCGCUGGCUUUUCAACCACAGCGGCGCUGCUCUCUUGGUUGAUAUAUGGCCUAGUCUUUUAUGAAGGGAUGCAAGAUCGCAUCCUCCAAGAGCUUAUUGACAAUGAUUGGAACGAAGAUACGGUCGCUACACCAGAGCUAACCCAUAAUCUCAAGUUUUUGGAGAAGUACAUCAAGGAAACACAGCGGCGACACAAUGGAUCGUUCCAACCGGGUCGCACAGCCAAGACUGACUUGAUCUUACCUGGAGGAUACAAGAUGAAAAAAGACUCCCUCGUCAUCUUGGCUCUACACCACCUUCACACAAACUCCAAGCAAUGGGACAGCCCUCUACGGUUCGAUCCCGACCGCUGGGACACUGAAGAAGUCAAAAACCGCCCAGCAGGGUCGUUUCAGCCUUUUGGCUCUGGAGCUCGCAGCUGUAUAGGCUUCAACCUGGCAUUGGAAGAAGUCAAGAUAUUUUUACCCAAAUUUGUGUACCGCUACAAGUUCACGUUGGCCAAAAUGGACGAAGCGGUUCAGUACGAUCCAAACCAGGUAGUCAUCAAGCCAGACAACUUGUACGUUCGCGCGGAGAGAAGAGUGCGAUGGCCAGCGAAGUCCGAAUAA